AUGUCACAACCUAUGAGCGAGACUGACCAAAAUAUCCAGAUCUGGAAGGUGAAGAAACUCAUCAAGAGCCUUGAAAAUGCGCGUGGCGCCGGUACAUCUAUGAUUAGUUUGAUUCUACCGCCCAAAUCGCAGCUUUCGCAGGCAACAAACAUGCUUACGCAGGAAUACGGCACAGCAAGCAACAUCAAAUCACGUGUGAAUCGUUUGUCGGUGUUGGCAGCUAUCACGUCGACGCAGCAGCGCCUGAAGCUAUAUUCACGAGUACCUGACAAUGGUCUUGUUGUAUACUGUGGAACGGUACUGACGGCCGAAGGCAAGGAGAAAAAGGUUAACUUUUCCUUUGAGCCAUUCAAGCCCAUUAAUACGUCAUUGUACUUGUGUGAUAAUAAAUUCCAUACUGAAGCACUGGCGGAGCUGCUAGAAUCAGAUGCUCGCUUUGGGUUCAUCAUCAUGGACGGUAAUGGCACUCUCUUCGGGUCUGUUUCGGGUAACACUCGCACAGUCUUGCACAAGUUCUCUGUUGAUCUGCCCAAAAAACAUGGUCGUGGUGGUCAGUCUGCCCUACGUUUCUCGCGUUUGCGUGAAGAAGCUCGUCACAACUACGUCCGAAAGGUUGCUGAAUAUGCGGCGCAACACUUCAUUACGGAUACUAAGUGUAAUGUAACGGGUCUAGUUCUGGCUGGUUCUGCCGACUUUAAGAAUGAGCUGAGUCAAUCAGACCUGCUCGACUACCGGCUUGCACCAAAGAUCAUUCAAAUUGUCGAUGUGUCGUAUGGUGGUGAGAACGGUUUCAACCAAGCAAUUGAACUUGCAGCCGACAGUCUCGCGAAUGUCAAGUUCGUGCAGGAGAAGCGGCUUAUCCAGAAGUACUUUGACGAGAUUUCUACUGAGUCAGGCAAGUACUGCUUUGGUCUAGAUGACACGUUCCGUGCCCUCGAGAUGGGUGCUGUCGAGACACUGAUCGUGUGGGAGAACCUCGAGCACACGCGUCAUGUGCUUCGCGAUUCGGAAGGUAGAGAACACGUCAUUUUGUUGAAUAAAGAGCAAGAACAAGAAGAAGACCGCUCUCGAUUUAUCGACAAGGCGACAGGGGCAGAAAUGGAAGAAGUGGAAGAGCCCCAACCACUUCUUGAAUGGAUUGCUGAAAAUUAUAAGCAGUUUGGUACAAACCUAGAGUUUGUCACUGAUCGCUCACAGGAAGGUAUGCAGUUCUGUAAGGGCUUCGGUGGCAUUGGCGGUAUUCUGCGUUACAAGGUGGCUUUCGAGGAUCUUGCUAUGUACGAUGAGCAGGAGGAUGAAUUUAUGAGUGAUGAUGAAGAUGCCUACUAA